CGAGAUACCUGCUGCCUAGUCAACUGGAGGCACCUACAUGGCAUCAUCUCCACCUUCCUCAAAAAAAAUUGCUUGGAGUCAUGCAAAGGCAGAUGCCGGUUCAAGGAAUGGCAUAAUAUGUCUUCAUUGCGGGAAGAAGAUUGGUGGCGGCGGCAUUACGCGCCUUAAAUAUCAUCUUGCUGGAAUUACUGGCCAAGUUGAACCUUGCAGGAAGGUGCCCAAAGAUGUCAAGCGUCAAAUGCUGGGAUUAGUUGCUGAGCUGCGGAUAAAGGAGGAAAGAAGGAACAGAACACGGCAUGAAACUAGAGCUGGCAAGAAUUCACGUCCUGACAAUUCUUCGGAUGUUGAUUUGACGAUGGAAGGAGGCUCUGCAAGUCAAUCUAGACCGUCAAGGAAGCGAAGAUCAGGAUGCGUUUCUCCAGAAACUGUUACAGGUUCAGAACCAGGCAGUGCUGGCUUGGUAGCUCCAGAAGACAGUGUUCAAGAUGUCAGGGAUGGUUCAGAUGCUCCAGAUGAUCUGCUACACAAUGCUUGGAGUCAUGCAAAGGUAGAUGCUGAUUCAAGGAAUGCUAUAAUUUGUCUUCAUUGUGGGAAGAAGAUUGGUGGUGGCGGCAUCACGCGCCUUAAAUAUCAUCUUGCUGGAGUUCCAGGCCAGGUUGAAUCUUGCAGGAAGGUGCCCAAAGAUGUCAGGCGUCAGAUGAUGGAAUUAGUUGAUGAGCUGCGAAUAAAGGAGGAAAGAAGGAACAGAACACGGCAUGGAACUAGAGUCCUAUUUGACGAUUCUUUGGAUGCUAAUUUGACGACGGAAGAAGGCUCUGCAAGUCAAUUUGGACCGUCAAGGAAGCGAAGAUCUGGAUGCCUUUCUCCUGAAGCCGUUAUAGGUUCAGAACCAAACAGUGGUGGACCGGUAGCUCCAGAAGACAUGGUUCAAGAUAGCAGGGAUAGCUUAGAUGCUCCAAAUGAUCUGUUACACAAUGCUAGAAUUGCUAUGGCAAGAUGGUGGCACGAUGUCAAUAUACCCUUUAGUGCGGCUAAAUCUCCUUUCUAUCAGCCAAUGAUACAUGCCAUAUCAUCUGCUGGAUUGAGCUUCAAGGGACCAUCAUAUCAUGACCUACGUGGGCCACUGUUGAAAGACGUUGCUGCUGACAUUCGUGAAUACCUUAAUGAUCUGAAGAGAGAAUGGAGUGUUUAUGGCUGUUCAGUCAUUGUUGACAGACAGAUAAAUCAUGGAAAGGGUAGUUUCACAAAUUUUCUUGUGCGCUGUCCACGAGGUACCAUGUUUUUGAAAUCUGUUGAUACAACAGAGGAAUCAUCUUUACUUGCGAUCUUUGAUCAGGUUGUUAGAGAAGUUGGACCAGAAAACAUUGUUCAGUUUAUCACUGACAUAGAUGAAACAUACAAGGUUGCUGUUAAUCUUUUGGAAAAAAGAUACGGCACUUUUAUUUGGUCUCCAUGUGCUGCACGUUGCAUUGAUUUGAUGUUGGAGAACUUUGCAGAUCCUAGAUAUUUCCCUAUGAUCAGUGAAACUUUAAGUAAAGCAAGGAAGAUAACAAAGUUCAUAUAUAAUCAUGCAUGGGUUUUGUCUUUGAUGAGGAAAGAUUUCACAAAUGGUAAAGAUCUGUGUCGUCCAUCCAUCACAAGAUAUGCUACACAUUUUCUCACUCUCCAGUGCAUUCUUAAAUUUGAGAAAGAACUACGUCAAAUGGUUACCAGUAACAAAUGGGUGAAAUCAACUUAUGGUAAAAGUGGUGUGGGAAAAGAGAUUGCAGCUAUUAUUUUGAAAGAUGUCGAUUUUUGGGCCCAGUGCAAACAUGUAGCAAAAGUCACUGAGCCACUGCUGUGUGUACUACGCUUGGUGGAUAGUAAUGAAAAACCUUCAAUGGGUUACUUGUAUGAUGCUAUGGAAAAGGCAAAGGAAUCAAUAAGGAGAAGGCUGAUGCACAAUGCUUGUCUGUAUGGGCCUUAUGUUAGAGUAAUUGAGGCUAGGUUGGAGAAGCAACUUAACAGUCCAUUGCAUGCAGCAGGAUGUUUUUUCAAUCCUGCUAUUUACUUCAGUCUUUCUUUUAAGAUGCAAAACAUUGUGUCUCGGGGGCUUAUUAAGACAAUCACUAGUUUGGUCCUUGGUGAUGAGACCCAAGACAAGGUAUUUCUCCAGCUUGAGGAGUACAAGAAAUCAAUUGGUGACUUUGGCCUUCCAAUUGCAAUUCGUCAACGAGAGAAACUUAAUCCAGUUGCAUGGUGGGAGAACUUUGGCAAUGGAACUUUAGAACUCCAAAGUCUUGCGAUACGAGUCCUUAGCCAAUGUUGUAGUGCAACAGGCUGCGAAAGGAACUGGGAUGUUUUCGAGUAUCUUCAUUCCACAAAGCUAAGCACGCUUGAACGAUCAAGGCUAAACGAUAUUGUUUUUGUUCAAUAUAAUCUGAAGCUUAAAGAAAGGAACUUGCGCAAGUGCAAAGUGGACAUUGACCCUAUUAGCCUAGACAACAUCGACGUUUUGGAUGAAUGGGUCAGCGAAGAGCCUAGCCUUCUUUGCCGAGAUGACCUGGGCUGGGAGAGCAUAGAUGCACCAUUUGCUGAAGCGACUUCAGACGACGACGAACUCCUCGCUAUCGAAGAUGGCGAAGAUGCCCCAGCAGGCCCAGUGGCGGCAAUGUCCUGGUCGAUGGCCGAUGGCUCGUAUUAUUGCCCACUUCCAGAUCAGGAUCCUUUUAUCUAUGUGGCUCAAUCUGGUGGAAACAAGGCAUGCAUGCUGGAGGUCAUGGUAUAG